UUGUCCCAAUGAAAAAAUUGCAAAACAAGUACGAGACUGUUAUGCAAUCCUCUUCAACAAGACAGGGGGAUCUGUGUGUCAUAAUAAGGCUGGACCCAGUUGAUAGUGCAGCUUACUUAUAUGUUGGAAAUUCCUAAACAAGUCAAAUCACCACUAAUGAGCCCGUUAUUUUGGGGGGUCCCCGAGGCACCUGUUGGAUUUACCAGCCUCGCUGUGCUGUUUGAGGGUGAUUCUGACCUGAGCAGCUCACAUUAUCUGUUGAAAUAACGCAUGUGAGGCAUAUAAAGCCCUCCCUGGGGCCCUUUGCGAACUUGCUGCAGGGGAGUAAUGCUCUUUAAUUAAACAACGGACUAACAUGGUGGCGUAACUUCUCCCGGUGUAGAACGUUGCAUCGCUCUUUUAUGUUAAUAGGAGAACCGAGUGGAGCAGAAAUGUGACAACACUUGCCGUGAGGCUUCAGAGCGUUGACAGCUCCGGGUUUGCCCGUGCAGGGGCAACCGAACGGACAAGGAAACCCCGAGGAUCAGGGCCUACUGUCCGGAUGACACCGGCAGGACCCAGCAGCCACACUGCUCAUCUUAGCUAGCAUUGGCUAAGCUAACAAAUGUCUUUCUUGGAUUCGAAAUAACGGCCAGCGCUAAAUGGCUAACUGUAUCUUUGACAACUUUAUUUGAAAUGUCUGGGAGUUGUUGAAGAGUUUUCUGUCCCCGGUUGGACGGACAACAUCCGCCGCAGGACUGCGAGUGACUGACAACUGCGAGAGGUUCUCCAGGCAUGAUGGAAGGACUUCACAGCCAGGCUAUAAGUCUGGACCCACGCAGGCAGGAACUGCUGGAAGCUCGCUUCACUGGACUUGGUGUGGCCAAGAGUUCAGCCAACAGUGAAUCAUCCAACCAGUCUCUGUGCAGUGCAGGAUCACUUAGUGACAAGGAACUGGAGACACCUGAGAAGAAGUCAAGUGACCAGAGAUGCAGGAAGAGAAAGGGAGACCUUUAUGACAGCAACAGCCCGGGAAAAGGAAGAGGGCAGAAAAUGAGUGAUUAUUUUGAGUUUGCUGGUAGCAGUGGCUCUGGCACCAGUCCGGCCCGGGGCGUCCCAAUGCUGGUGCGCUCCUCUCCACAGCACUCACUGUCUAAUCCUCUGCAGUUUCAGCAAGGCAGUCCUUCGUCCACGGGCUCAGCCCACACAGACUCUUCAUCUUGCAGCUCUGUGAAGACGGCCCCCACACACUUUUGCUCACACAAAGCCAUCCAGUCGGAACUGACGCUGCUGAAACUGACGGCACUGGAGAAGGACAAGAACUCUGACCUGGAGAAGAAAGAGGGGAGGAUCGACGACCUGUUAAGGGCUAACUGUGACUUGAGGCGGCAGGUGGAUGACCAGCAGAAGAUGCUGGAGCGUUACAAGGAGCGGCUCAACAAGUGUGGGACCAUGAGCAAGAAGCUGCUUAUUGAGAAAUCAAAGCAGGAGAAGAUGGCUUGCAGGGACAAGAGCAUGCAGGAUCGUCUGCGUCUGGGCCACUUCACCACCGUACGGCACGGAGCCUCCUUCACCGAGCAGUGGACCGAUGGAUACGCCUUCCAGAACCUCAUCAAGCAGCAGGAGCGGGUCAACACGCAGCGAGAGGAUAUUGAGAGGCAGAGGAAGUUGCUGGGAAAGAGGAAACCUCCCUCCAUGGCCCAGACACCUCCAGCCAGCCUGGAGCAGAACAAGCGAAAGAGCAGGAGCAACGGCCAGGAGAGUGAAGCGUUGUCACUGGCAGAAUAUCAUGAGCAAGAGGAGAUUUUUAAACUUCGAAUUGGUUAUCUCAAAAAGGAAGAAGCAGAGAUGCAGGCUGAACUGGAGCAUUUGGAGCGAGUGAGAAACCUGCACAUUCGGGAGCUGAAGAGAAUCCAUAACGAGGACAACUCUCAAUUUAAAGACCAGCCCACGCUGAACGAGCGAUAUCUGCUAUUGCAUUUACUGGGAAGAGGUGGCUUUAGUGAGGUUUUUAAGGCUUUUGAUUUGACAGAGCAAAGGUAUGUGGCCAUUAAAAUUCAUCAACUCAACAAGAACUGGAGGGAGGAGAAGAAGCACAACUACCACAAACACGCCUGUCGAGAGUACAGAAUCCACAAAGAACUUGACCACCCUAGAAUCGUCAAGCUCUAUGACUAUUUUUCACUCGACACAGACUCGUUCUGCACAGUGCUGGAGUACUGUGAAGGCAAUGACCUGGACUUCUACUUGAAGCAGAAUAAGCUGAUGAGCGAGAAGGAGGGCCGCUCCAUCGUCAUGCAGAUAGUCAACGCCCUCAAGUACCUCAACCAAAUUCGCCCACCCAUCAUCCACUACGACCUCAAGCCUGGAAACAUCCUGUUAGUUAACGGCACAGCUUGUGGAGAGAUAAAAAUUACUGACUUUGGCCUGUCCAAGAUCAUGGAUGAUGACAGCUACAACUCUACAGAUGGCAUGGAGCUCACUUCUCAAGGAGCAGGGACCUACUGGUAUCUGCCUCCGGAGUGCUUUGUGGUGGGCAAGGAGCCCCCCAAAAUAUCCAACAAGGUGGACGUUUGGUCAGUAGGAGUCAUCUUCUAUCAAAGCUUGUAUGGACGCAAGCCUUUUGGCCACAACCAGUCACAGCAGGAUAUCCUUCAAGAAAACACCAUACUAAAAGCCACUGAGGUGCAAUUUCCCCCCAAACCUGUGGUCACUGCAGAAGCAAAGGCCUUCAUCAGACGUUGCCUGGCUUAUCACAAGGAGGGCCGCGUGGAUGUGCUGCAGUUGGCCAGCGACCCCUUCCUAAUGCCCCACAUUCGCAAAGCCCUGGCCAGCAGCACGCCUCAGGCCCCCCCGCUCCCCUCCACCUCCGGCUGCUACGGCAGCAGUGCCUCCAACUGAAACCAAUCCGACAGGAACCGGAACAAAUCCCCGUCGAGGACGAAGUCACGCGCUUGAUGAAACUCCUCCUUUGGUCUCUUGGUUGGGGGCUGCAGACAGCAUGAUGGGAUGUGGGUAAAAGCGUCGAUGGAACCAAAAAAAGAUGGAUGCCGUGGUGAUAAAAAAUUAAUUGUGUCCACCACAAUCAUGCAAAUGCUAAAAAUGAAGGGCCAGUCUGUGGAUGUGGGCUCAGUAGAACCCAAAGAUGUGCCCAUGCACCAACAAAAACCUUUCAUGGGGCUUUCUUACCUGCUAAGUCUGCCCUAGUUACUAUAAGAGUAGUAAAAGCACCCAGGAUACUGCACAAGCGACAGGCUGAGAAAAGUUCGGCAUGUGUGUGUGAGAUCAGCUGCCUGAAUGCUGUGGGAGGUUUAUAAGAAGCAUUCAAUCACCUCAUUCUGCUUCAAAGGCGUCAUCUAUCAAAAGAGUUUACCAGAACUAAAGUGGUAGUUUCAAAUAUGUAUCCCCAUCGGUUGGAAUGAGGUGAUAAGGAAUUACUGAUGACCAAAGUUGAAGGUCUACCUUGUUGACAUGGCACUAUUAAGUCUAUAAAUGAUAUUUUACUGGAUAACUGGAAGUCAGCUUAUUUUAAUUAAGUCCCUAUUUUUCCAAGAAAUGUGCUCCCUCUAAUGUUUGUUAACAUUGUAGGGGGAUGACUGAGUGCUGUAAUGAGCUAAGAUUAUACAGAAAUAAAUAUGAACGCAUUAAAAAUACAUUUGACUAAC